AUGGCACAUGCAGAAGUUGCCAGUGAACGAAGGAAGAAGAUGAAGCACUUGUCCUCCAUUGCCAACGAAGUCGUUCUUAGAUGUUCACAGGAACUAGGGUCAACCAUAGAUGAAAUUGUGGAAGAGUUUGAAUGUCAAUGGAAGCCUGCCGAAGCUACUUACUCGAAGAAGUUUGUGGAGUUCUUCGACUCAAAGGCGAUGAGUAGGGUUUGUCAAAACAUACCUGAGAGGAUCAAAGAUGGUUCUUUUACCCGUCUCACGUUCGAUAUGAUGCUUGCGUGGCAACAACCUGAUGUUAAUGACAAUGAGUCUCACUUGGAAGCAGUAGGUAAGGAGAGUGAAGAUAACAGGAUUCAAGCUACCUUGUCCCCAGAGCAAGAUGACAUCUCUCUGUUUUAUUCAUAUAUCAUGCCGCUUUAGUAAGCUGAUCAUGAACCAAGUGUGGGUGAAGAUGCAUUUGACUAUUUGGCCUCACUCAUUCCUCUCCCAGCUGAUAUCAUCAACGGAAGAUACACGUUUGAGACUCUAACCGCUCCUACCGGCCACCAACUUCAUUUCCCAGCUUAUGACAUGUUUGUCAAAGAUAUUCACAAGUGUAUGAAGUAUUUGCAAAAACAAACGAAAACUAAAGGGGUCGAUUUAGCGGAUGAUGAAAUUAUAUUGUACGUAGAAGGAACAAUGGCUUCACAGAGAGUGGUUCGCCACAUUAAAGAAACAAGCUGGCCAGGUAGACUUACUUUGACAAACUAUGGGUUAUACUUCGAAGCUGCAGGAAUUAUAAACUAUGAAGAUGCUCUUAAGAUAGAUCUUACCAAAGACGGUGCCAGUUAUGUGAAGCCUAAUUCCACUGGUCCAUGGGGUGCCCCUCUUUUUGACAAGGCCAUUGUAUAUUAGUCUCCCGAUUUUGAGGAAGGAAUUGUCUUAGAGUUUCCGGAGAUGACAAGCUCAACGAGAAGGGAUCAUCAUUGGCUUAUGCUUGUAAAGGAGAUAACAUUAAUGCACCAGUUUUUAUAGAAAUACAAUGUUGAAUCUCCCUUACAAGCAUGGGAAGUCCAUUCGAGAACAAUAUUGGGGAUAAUACGGUUGCAUGCAGCCCGUGAAAUGUUGAGGAUUUCUCCACCGGAUCCAAAAAGGUUUUUAAUAUUCAGUUUAUUUGAGGAAGUUCCUAAGGGAGACUCUGUACUAGAAGAGCUCGCAGAGAUUAGUCAAAAGGUGGGUACUACCAAAAACCCGUGUAGUGCUGGCUCCAUAUUGAGGAAUAUGAACAUGGAACAGCUUGGUAGCAUAUUAAAAGAAGAGGAAGAAGAUAAGUACAAGGAGAAGAGUAAAGUGAUUGAUAAAGAAGAAAUGCUUGCAUCGCUUGAAAGUGCAGUGAAUCAAACUCGAGAAGAGGGAAGGGAGAUUGAAAAGGCUAAAGCUACUACAAGGGAGCUCGAAGAGGAAGGGAUUACUGAAAGUGUAGCAGUUCUUAUGGAGCUGAUGAGGCCAAUGCAAGACGCAUUGCCAUGGUUCCAAGAAGUGCUUAAUUGGGAAAGGCCUUCUCGUACGCUUUUUGUUCUAGCCAUUGCCAUUUUAACCGUCUACAAGGAGUGGGUCGGCAAGGCUAUAGCUGCUUGCUUAGUAUGGAUGGUGGUUAGAAUGGCUCAGGCUAGACAAAAGAAGGUACACACAAAAAGUGAGGAUGCGGUAAAAGUUAGCACCGAAUCCGACUAAACAAUGACUGAAAGCAUUGUGUCGGCUCAAUAUGGCUUAAUAAGACUUCGCCAGUUAAUACAGCAUGUCAACAUCACCAUCAUGAAGUUGCGAUCCAUAUAUACCUCUAGCAAGCAUGCAAGCAUGGUGACGGCGUCGAUUUUAGCCUUGGCAAUAUUUUUUGCGGUGGUGCCGUUCAAGUUGGUCAUCAUGUUUGGUACAAUAUAUUGCUUUGUAAUGACAUCGAGUGUCGGGAGAUACAUGAGCAACGAUCAGAGUAACCGGAGAAUGAAAGAGUGGUGGGAUUCCAUACCCAUUGUUCCCGUUCGUGUCCUUAACUCUGCUUCCAAGUAG